UAGAAAAUACAAAUAAUAUUGAAUUUCUUGGUAACAAUGUUCAAAUAAAUAAGAAAUAUUGUUAAUUAUUAAAAAAGACAUUUUUGUAUAAAAUUGCAUAAAAUAAACAUUUUGACAAAUAUAUAAGUUGACGAAAAAAUUCGAAACAUAAAGUUUUCAUGAAAAAGUAUUAAAUAGAAUUAAAAAUAAAACUUGAAAACAAAAGUUGCUAGUUAAGUGCGGUUUAUAUUACACGUUGUUAGCUUUGUUGAAACGAAUAAAAUAAGCUAAACGGAUGUCCUAUUAGCAUUUUUUUGGUCCAUGACGGACUUUUAACUAAAAAACUCCGGCAUACAACGUAGAAUAAUAAAUAGAACAAAAAAAAAAGAAGGAAGAAGCAGUGAAAUUUGUACUAAUUGUAUAUAAUUUUAAUAGGAUAAUUAAAAAGUUUUCUCUUCAUCAUCAUUGUUAUAACCACCAUCGACCAACCGUGUUGUCAAACAAUAAAGUCGACACUUUUUGUCUCUCGGAACCUAUAUUUUGUCAACGACUUCAGAGCUAGAAAAAAGAAAAAUCUUGAUUUAGUCAACAAAAAAUAGAAAAUAAGCAAAAGCAAAUUGAAACCAUUGGAAAAUAGAUACAUUCAUUUAUAUUGUUGUACUGUUAACACAAAAACAAAAGAGUAAAACUUUCUUAUAGACAUUGACUACAGUGGACGGCAAUGUAAUGACAAAAAAGCGGAAAUUUGUAUACGGACAGCUCAAUAUUUUUAGUGUAUAUUGUAUAGUUUUUGUUUUACAAAUUGUUAGUGUUAUUGGACUCCAAGGCUUAAAAAUAUUUGUGCCUGAAGCCGUUAUUGUUCACAGUAAUGUUACAUUAGCUUGUCAAUACGAUUUAGAACAAGCAUCUUUGUAUUCAGUGCGUUGGUAUUUCGAGUCUGAAGAAUUUUUUAGAUACGUCCCAACAGAAAAACCACCUGGUCGAAAAUUCUUUGUGCCUGGUUUGGUUAUUGAUUUGGAAAAGUCCGAUGCGACUUCAGUCACUAUCAAAGAUGUAACGAGAGAAGUUGCUGGUUUGUAUCAGUGUGAAGUGUCUGAGGACGCGCCACUUUUCCAUACAGAUAUAAGAAGUGCAAAAAUGCAGGUUGUUGAAUUACCAGAUGCAAAUCCAGCUAUAACACUGGUGAAACGCUUUUUGAUUCCGUCAGAAACAUUAAAGGCUUAUUGUACAGUUGGCACCUCAUAUCCCACUGCCAAUAUAACAUGGUAUAUUAAUGGACGAAAGGUCUACAAAACCCCGCAUCAACGUAUAUCAAUUCAAAUAUAUGAAAACAAAGGAGUAACUUCCAGUUUGGAGAUUUUUCCACUUUCACAAAUUUUGCAAGACAUUUUUCAAUCUACCACAACCUAUCAAACCAGUUUUGAUAUAUUGUGUGAGGUAUCUAUUUUUCACAUUUACAACAAAAAUGCAAUGGAACGUAUAUUCGUUGGUGAUCCAUCGGCAUCUGUCUCUCCAAAUUUAUUGAAUUGGGAAGAUGCAACACAUCCCCUACGCAAUGGCAGUAAACUUAUUAUUUCUAAUAUUUUACCGAUUUUACUUGUUAUCCAGAUCAUCAAGAAUGUUUGUACUAUGCCUAUUUUGUGACGUUUUCAAAAAUUGUGUCAAUAAUCAAGAAUAACAAAUAAAAUGUUCAAAGAAUGAAUCGGAAUUCAAUUAACAAGAAAGUUAUCUUGUACAUUUUUUUGUGUCAACCACAAAUCAUUUGUUGUUCUUAAAAAUAAAAAAAUUUCUAAUAGGUGAGUGACAAAAACCUUCCAAUUAUUAGCAAUACAUUGUAAACAAUAUUAUCGUUAAUAAAUGAUUUGUUAAAAUAAUUUUUAAUCGAAAAUUAAAAUACAUACCAUUA